AUGGCAGUAUCUUUCGACCUACGGAUAGCGAUCGUUGGAUCUGGCACAAUUGGCCUCUCGUUUGCAGCUUUGCAUCUUUCCCACCCAAAUAAAAGAAUUCAGGUCAUUAUUCAUGAUCCAAGGCCGGACAUAGAAAACUAUGUUAAGUCAACGUUGCCAGAAUAUCUGGGUGCCGAUGUCUCCCUCCCGCAACUACUAGAAUCAAAGCAACUCAUUCUAUCAUCAGAGCUGUCAGCAGCAUUAAAAUCUGUCAACAUAGUCCAGGAGCAAGGUCCUGAAAAUGUAUCCUUCAAACAGAGUCUAUGGCCACAAAUCGAACAGGCAGCUCCAUCAACAGCGUUGUUCUGGUCAAGCACUUCCGGCAUCCCAUCAUCCGUCCAAGGCGUCAAUAUGCGAGAACCAGCACGCCUACUAGUUGUUCAUCCGUUCAAUCCACCCCAUAUAAUGCCAGUAUUGGAGAUUGUUCCACCUCGCACCAGUACUACUGUCUCGUCUGAUAGUCAAGCGUCGAAAGAAUAUAUAGAUAGGACGAUCGAAUAUUGGAAGACGCUCAACAGAUCUCCCGUCGUUCUGCAAGAGGAAGUAACUGGCUUCGUGGCUAAUCGUCUGUCAUUUGCCUUGUUUCGAGAAGCAAUUCACCUCGUCAACUCUGGAGUUGUCACGGCUGCUGAAGUAGAUCGUAUUGUUGAAGAGAGCAUGGGACCACGUUGGGCUGUUAAGGGGCCAUUCUGGAGUUAUCAUGCAGGUGGAGGCAAAGAGAAAGGACUCAAGGGAUUUUUGGAGAAGAUAGGGGAUACGAUACAGGCUUGUUGGGAUGAUGCUGGGACGCCAUCUCUUGGACGAGAGGGAGACGCUUCUGUGGCUUCUUGGGAGGAUGCAUUGUGCAAGCAGGUAGAAAAGUCUUAUGGGAUGCUGGAGGACAAGGAUCUCAGGGAUAGAGAUGAAAAGACAAGACAGGUUCUCGAUAUUACUAGACAGAGCUGA